CCUACUUAAUCCGCUCUUGUUUACCGGGAAAUUCAGUUACAACACAGUUGAACUCCGAGUGGCGUGCACGUACCUGUGCAGUCGACAUGAGGCCUGGCUGGCUCAGAGGUGUCCUGCUGGUCACCUUUGUGGCCUCCACCCUGCUGUACCUGGGCUCCAUUCGGAGGGAUGUGAAAAGCCACUCGGAGCGUCUGCACAGGGUCAUCUACAACGACUCAGUUCACGAACAGGGGAUUUUCAAGAGGCUGGAAAAGAUGGAAGCUGGCAUUGAGAGACUGCUCAAAGUUGUAAACAAUGCACAGCCAGUGGCGGUGAUGGCGAAAGCCGAGGACAAGGCAGAAAAGGAGCUCAAGGACAAGAAGGUGGUGAGGAAACUGUUCCCCAACUCAGCCCUGUUCAAGAAGUGGGGAGAGGGUUUGAGCGAGGAGGAGCAGAAGGAGGCCGAGGCCAUGUUCACCCAGUAUGGCUACAACGCCUUCCUUAGUGACAGGCUGCCGCUCAACAGAGAGAUUCCCGACACACGCCACGCCAGAUGCACACAGAAAAAGUAUCCUGCUGAUCUCCCCAGCUUGAGCGUGGUGUUGAUAUACCUGAAUGAAGCUCUGUCUAUUAUCAAGCGGGCAGUCCGCAGCAUCUUGGACAAGACCCCUGCCAGCCUGCUCAGAGAGAUAAUACUGGUGGACGACCACAGCACAAAUGAGGACCUGAUGGAGAAGCUGGAAGACUACAUUGGGGUCAUCCACGAGGAGCGUCCAGGACUGCUGAAGCGGGUCGUGCACAAGGAGCAGCUUGGCCUCACCCAGGCCAGACUGUCUGGAUGGAAGGUAGCCACUGGUGAUGUGGUGGCCAUCCUGGACGCCCAUAUUGAAGUCCACGUGCAAUGGGCAGAGCCGCUGCUGGCUCGCAUCAAGGAGGACCGCACGGUCAUCCUGACGCCUGUCUUCGAUCGGGUCAAUUACGACGACUUGACCGUGACCCACUAUGGACCGGCCGCCGACGCCUUUGACUGGGCCCUGUGGUGCAUGUACGAGUACUUCAGGCCCGAGUGGUACGAGCUCAAGGACGAGUCGCUGCCUGCCAAGAGCCCAGCCAUCAUGGGGAUACUUGUUGCAGAUCGCAAGUUCUUUGGCGAGAUCGGCAGCCUGGAUGGAGGAAUGAAAAUAUACGGCGGUGAGAACGUGGAGCUGGGCAUUCGGGUAAGACUCCGGUGCAGUUCAAGUUCUCAACAAAAGCGGAACGUUUGGUCAGCGUGUUCCGGCGGCUCGGCUCUGUGUUUGAGCCUGCAGGUGUGGCUGUGCGGCGGCAGCGUGGAGGUCAUCCCCUGCUCCAAGAUCGCCCACAUCGAGCGCGCCAAGAAGCCCUACCUGAAUGACCUCAGUAUCACCAUGAAGCGAAACGCCCUACGGGUGGCUGAGGUGUGGCUGGAUGAGUACAAGUACAACGUCAACAUCGCCUGGAACCUUCCUUUUCGGGAUCACGGCGUGGACAUCGGCGACGUAUCUGAACGCAAGGCGCUGAGGGAGCGGCUCAAGUGCAAGCCCUUCAAGUGGUACCUGGAUAACAUUUACCCCAUGCUGGACCCUCUCAAAGACCUGGUCGCCUAUGGAGCGUUAAUAAACCAGCUAAAGCCGGAUCUGUGCAUCGACCAGGGUCCGGUUCCGGGCAGCACACCCAUCCUCUACUCUUGCCACUAUUUUUCCCCGCAGCAUUGCUUCUACCGGACCAAUGGACACCUCUACGUGGGUGGCAUCAAAUCCCACAAGUAUAACAACAACCGCUGCCUGGUGGACCCUGGCAGUGGCAUCUACCCGGCCCUCUAUGAGUGCAACAUAGCUGCGCAGAAGAAUUUCAACAUGUUUUGGGACUUUAAGCAGGGAUCAUCGAUCCGUAACAGAAAGACGAAGCGGUGUCUGGAGAUCGCCCAGGGUGAAAACAGCUACUAUCAGCUUAUUGUACAACAUUGCACUGGUCAGAUCUGGAACAUUCAGAAUUACAUCACAGAAAGAGUUGCUCAAGGGUAACAAGUCAUCUGUCCAAUCAGCAAACUAGUUAGGUGGGGGCCUGAAUUUAAUUCACACCACAUUCCCUCAGCGUGAGAGAUUUUGCUCUAGAUGAGCCACAAUUACUGACAAGUACAGAUAGGCGAGGAAUUCCUUCAAAAGUCCUGUUCCAAAAAUUCAAUUGUGCAGCAGCUUGUUGAGGCAAUCGACCCGUUGAGUCUUAAUCAAAUGGAA